GUUCAUUCGCCCGCCAAACACGUCCAUCUAAAUCAACUGGAUCUUAAUAAUCAUUAUGGUUCUUACAUUAGUAUAAACUUCGUAUUUGCUUUUCCUUCAUUCCAUCACCAAGGUGGGUCACUAAAGGUCUGAAGUUUGGCUGACAUCAGGCAAGAAUACUGCCACUUUCUCAACGAAUGAGAACUCAAUGCCUAAGUCUCUCAGAACAACUGUUUUCAAAGACCCUGAGCUGUCAAAAUAUUUCAGUCAUGAAAAUCCAACGACUGUAUUUACUGACUUUCGCCAAAUUGGUUGUGGCAGCUUUGGAGCAGUCUACUAUGCUCGGAAUCGUACAACAGGUGAAGUCGUAGCUAUCAAAGAGCUGAAAGUUGACACUAAACGUAAGAAGUCUGAAGAAGAGUGGAAUGACAUUGUUAGAGAGAUAAAAUUUCUAUCUCAUCUCUCACAUAAAAACUGUGUAUUGCCUAAAGGAUGCUUCAUGAAAGAGCAAACUCCAUGGUUAGUCAUGGAAUACUGCAUUGGCUCAGUCGCAGAUGUUUUAGAAGUACACAAAAAACCACUUCGAGAGGAUGAAAUCGCCUGUAUCGUUCAGGAAGUACUAACUGGUCUUGACUACUUGCAUUCUGAGAAAAGAAUUCAUCGAGACAUAAAAGCAGCUAAUAUUUUGCUCACAGACUCUGGUGGAGUAAAGAUUGGUGAUUUCGGAUCAGCUAGUUUUGUGAGUCCGGCCAAUAGUUUCGUGGGAACACCAUUUUGGAUUGCUCCUGAAGUCAUUCUAGCUAUGGAACAAGGCAUAUAUGACGUACGAGUGGAUGUUUGGUCUUUAGGAAUUACAUGUAUUGAAAUGGCUGAGUUGGAGCCUCCUUACUUCAGCGCUACCAAUCCAAUGGCUGCACUAUAUCAAAUUGCUUCAAAUGAUGCCCCACGACUAGUGGGAGGUAGCUGGUCUGAUGAAUUUCGGGAUUUUGUACGGUUCGUUCUCCAAAAAGAUAUGAAUGAAAGACCAUUUUGUUCUCAAGCCAUGACACACCCCUUCUUGGCUAGUGUGUUUCGUUUUUCCCAUAUUCUUCCAGAGUUAAUUCAGCGAACUAAAGCAGCCGUAGCUGCCCAAGAAAAUCAAAUCAGUCAAAAGUGGAAGAAAAUUCUUUAUGAAAGUGAUUUAAAUAAUUCUCCAUCCUCGGUCGUACCCAACAGCAGUGAGGAGAGCCCAACGUCAAGGAAAACUGGGUUUGUGUAUGAUGACUCUAAUGCAGACCUAGAGGCUUCCACAAGAAAUCCCUACAAACCAAAUCUCGUCUCUGGAAUAUUAAGGCAGUCUUACGAAGGAUCAAAUGUUGGUGGAUCUGAGCGCAGUUUGCGACGGCACGACUUACGAAAGGCAUCUCUUCAAGCUCAGCAGCGUGAUUCUAAUAGAUGUAUUGAUGAGGAAACUAGUCAUGAUAGUAGUUCGAUAAACGAUGAUGUCGAAUAUCUUGUAGGUGAUAGUUGUUCCAACAGCGUGGGUAGCGCUAGCAGUGAUCUGUCCGAUAGCUGUAAUAGUCCUGGUCAGAGACAUGUGUAUAUCCCCCCCAAACACUCUGUAUCUGGAAUUUCAAACGAUAACUCACCGUCUCGCACAUUCGAUCCGGAUAGUGGACAAGGUGGUUCACUCGAUUUUAAUGGAACACAACCUUCACCUCUGCCUAAUCGAUCCAACUCACACAGACUAAGUGAAGGGGAUUAUAGUAUAACGCAACACCCUCAAAAUCCGCGUCUUGUCCAAAUCAACAGUCAUUUAUACGCUAAUAUGGAGUCCAAUGCCGACAGUCAUGUAUAUCAUUCAAUCGUAGUUGAUUCUAACAAUGAAUCGGGGCACCGCGGGUCAACCUGUGAAACUGUGGGUUCUUCUGUUACCCCGACAAAGACAGAUAUCACUAAAGGAGAAACUGAAAGCUUCAGUCGGUUCUCGAUUACUUCUCAUAAUGAUUCGGGUAUGAUUACUGAAACCUCCCGUUUAGCUUCUGCUGAAAUAAACUCUCCAGCGGACAUCUCAUCUUCUGCUGGUCAUUUUGCAACACUAAAAACUACCCAGAUGAUGAGGGGUCUGUCUUUAGAACCAGGUGCUUCGAAUUCAACUGCUGCUGUUGCUCUUGGCUUCACGCAACAGGGCUAUGGGAGAGGGAUGGCUAACUGGCGUGAUCAAAUGAAUGAGCUUAAACGACUUCGAAAUCAACACAAUAAACAUCUAAAACAAGUUGAAGAUAAAAAUAAGGUUGAGGAGGAAUCACUCAAAUCACGAUUGAAUCGUGACUAUGAAGCAACAAAGUUAGCAAUGAGAAAAGAAUUCAUGAGAUUAGAAGAAAUCCAUGCCGCAGAAGUAGAAAAAGAGCGCAAAAGAGCAAUGUCAGUUGAAUCGAAAUUAGCACGUCAACUUGAAACUGAAACGAAAAGUGAACUAAAGUCGGCCAAAAAAUCUCCAUUUGGAUCUUUUAGUUCACAUGAAUCAGAUUCCAGUGGACAUUCCAACCCGUUAGAGGCUAUUCGGAAGCGACGGCAUGAUGUGUCCACAUUGGAAACGCGUAAGACAAAGCGUAUUCUCCUCACACAGUUACAAGAUAUCGAGAUGGAACAAUUACGACAAUAUAUACGCUUACAACAGAAGGCAGCUGAAGAGAUUACGUCGUUGUUACUUAGACAGCACACAGAACUCGAAAAUCUAGAGAUUAAUCAGUUAAAACGGAUUCAAGACCUACGCAUUAAUCAGCUACAAAGUCAACAUGAAGCCGAAAUGGAAAAUUUGCAUCAGUAUUUUAAACGCAUUGAGGUUGGAUUACAAAAGAGACAUUGUGAAGAAACAAAGAAUCUACCAAAAUAUCUGAAGCAAAAAGAAUUACAAAUUCGUAAACAGUUUCGUGAUGCUGCUCGGAUUCAGAAAAAGCAAUUCAAACUUUUACGUGAAGAGCGUUUAAAGGCUGCACGUCGAACUUCAGAAUUAGGAUCUUCACCUUUUUCAGGAGCGUCAGAAUCCUGCACUUCGUCUGGGUUAAUGUCAUCAAAUUCUAAUAAUUGCUCAGAUUCUGUUGAUCUUCAAGGUCAACUUGUUAUACAUCUACAAGAUGAACGCCAGAUUUUGGAAAAUCUUAAAUUGGAGGAGAAACGUAAACAGGCUGAUUUAGAGGCACAGUACAAUAAAAGUAUUAGUGAACUACAUGAGCGUCAAAAUGAUAAAGUUGAAUCAACACAUGCUCGCGAGAAUAAAGAAUUUAAAGAAAGUCGCUUAGAAGGAGUCAAAAUUCUCUCUAAUUUUCAAGAAAAACAACGGCGUGAUAUGCUCAAACAGCAUCAACGCCAAAGAGAGGAUUUAGAAAAUAGAAUUCGUGCCCGAAAAGAAUCACUGGAAGCUGCGAUGAAAAAAAAUGCUGAGUCAACCAAGGAGGAGUCACGAAGAAAGACAAGGCGUUUGAUGGAACGCCACGCCGAAGCUGUGCGCACCUUCGACAUCGAAACUGCCAACCUCGGAAUUGACAAUGCUGCUGUCGUUGGUGCAUCUGCAAGGAUUUCUGGAUCAUCAGGAGUCUCCGGCGGAUCUUCAGGUAGCAGUACGUCGUUCUCUAGCUCCAGUGGACAGCGUCCUUCAGACUGGCGACACAGUCGUGCAGAGUUCCUCCCAUCCUAAUAAAUCCAAGGCAGUCGUGGCCUCCGAACAUACCUCAGAUUGCUUUGAAAUUUUGGUGCAGUUAAUAAAUUGAAGGAAAAACAGAAAAAACCUGUAAAAACACAUUUUGAGUCAAUCUGUGAUGGGUAAUUAUAUCACACUGUAAAUCCAUAAUAGACAUAAAUUAUAAUAAAGUUGAUAUGAAGUAAAUUAUUAGUUUGUAUUUAAGAGAAGCUUGGAAAUUUGUUGCUUAGAUUUUAGGAGUAUUGUAGUUGUUUAUGGAAAGAUCAGAUUCAAAUUAUGUUAAGUAACCAAAAAAAAACUACGUGUAAAUGUGAAGUUAACAUUAAAUUAUCGAAACAAUACACUUGCGUCCAUCGUCUGUUGUAUUCGUCAAAUAUCUUGAUUUGUACAAGAAAUGAACAUUCAAUUUCGCCGAUCUUACCGUAUAACUAAACGUUACCUGUUUGUAACCGCUCACAUACCCUGUAUAUAUUUUUAACAUGUAAUUGACACUGAACUCUUUUCGUCUCCAUACUUUUACUAAUAUUGCGCUUCCUUGUCAAUCAGUCUUAUCUCUGCAGUCAGUGUUAAUCCGCUAAAAUAACAAGUACAUACAAAAAUGAUCAUUCAUGAGUUUAGAGUUCGCAAGUGUGUUGCAUGAAUCUGUUGUUUGGAAAGUUACACUGAGCUGAAAAUAAGGAACUAUUACGUUAUUCGCAUUAAUAGACUGAUCAUUAGGAUUUCAUAUUCGAUAAUUAAUCCAUUUACAGUACUGAAGUUUCGUUGAUACGAAUUGUAAAACUUUUAACUAAUAAAAUAUGUGGCAACUAUUCACCAUUUUCAUCUUGACCCUAGCUAUAUACCACUGCUUUAUAAAAAAAACGUAGCUUGCAUUUCUUAUUGUCUCUUAUAUGUGAUAUUGAAUGGAAUUCAAGGAUUGAUUCCAAGCUUCUCAAAAAAUCGUAUUAUUCGCAUGAUUAUGUGAGGGGUGUACUUAAAUACUCAAAUUAUUGUAAGAACUAAAGGUUCGUAAAUCCCUCUACGUGAUAAAUUAACAAGCGUUAUGUCGAUCUGCAAACCUUAGUAUGGGCCAAUAUUAUAUUUAGUUAUGUUAAAUGUGGUGGUAAACUAAUUUAUUUAAUGAACACCAUCUCGAGUUUCUUGACCAAUAUCCACCGCCAUAUGGCUUACUUUGUUUGAAUGCACUGUCGUUUUGUAUUUCAUAUAUAUUAGACUUUAAGUUACAGAUGUAUUUUCAUUUUCAUUAUCUUAGCACCUGUAUAUUCACUUACAUGA